AUGAUGGCGCUGAACGAAGAUGAAGACGCUCCAAACCUAGAUGUCUGGAACAUCCACUUCAGCACGCACACAACUAAGGACAAAUUGACCACGGGAGGGUGGGUCCUCUACCACCAGACGGCCUCUCAGCAGUGGAUCCCCAGAAAAGCAGGAAGUCUCUACUUGGGGCUAACAAAGACACCGACGGACGCCGCAGCACGAACGCUGAACCAAGGGUUGACAGAGCUCAAUGUGAUGACUACCCCAGGCUCGACGUAUCUCCGCAUUGAUAGUCUUGACAAGAAACUACAAGUGCAGCUCCAACAACUCAAAGCUGACAUUCAAGCAACGGGCCCAGUAGCCGCGCUCGCCAAGGACUUGAACGCGAUUUUCUCAGUGCAUAAGUUGAUGGAGCUCAGUACCCCGUUCAACUCGACAGGAAUCGUCAAGAAUCGCGGCUACAUCUACGUAGACGACAUCGACAUCGUUAAGAUCGUCAGGGUUGGCUAG